AUGAGUCACGAGUCUGAUCGACGAGAGCCAAUUCGUUUGGUUUACAAGACUGUUGAUGAGCAAGACAUUGAUGUCGACGUAUAUCUUCCGCCGUCUACAGUUCCUCCAAGCACAAAGGGAUUCCCAGUCUUAAUCAACAUUCAUGGAGGAGCGUUCAUACUCGGCUCUUCCGCCAUGGUCAACCAAGAUCAAGUGCAAGACUGCUUGAAUAGGUCAUGGGUUGUCCUUGCACCCAAUCAUCGUCUAUGCCCUCAAGUCAACAUUCUCGAGGGUCCCAUACAGGACUGUCGAGACCUUCUUUCUUGGAUCUGCAGGGGAGAGUUGCAAGCUCAGGUAUCACGGCAGCUGAACGGCACAUUCUUGAUCAACCAAGACAAGGUCUUUGCCUUUGGUACCUCUUCAGGUGGUACUUUGGCCUGUUGUCUAGGUUUCGGCGUGCCUCGUCCAGUUGCUGGCAUCUUCAACAUGUACGGUCCUUGCAACUUUUCCGACCCGUACUGGACUUCAAAAUUGCCACACAUAGCCGCCUUGAUCCCCGAUACAGUGACAGAAGAGUUCAUCUCACAGAUAUUUGACACACCCACUGUGCCUAUUACUGGAGGUACGUCACUCGAAGGCCAGACUGGUGCUCCAAACCUUUCAGAUCCGAGGGUCGCAUUCACCUUGACGCAGAUAGCCAAUGGGACACUCCUGGACUGCAUUUUCCCCUCGAAGAAAUGGGAAGAAAUCGACCCGGUCGAAAAUAUUGGUGACUCUUUUCCGCCAAUGUACAUCGCCCAUGGAACGAAUGAUGUUGUGGUGCCUAUCGACAUGAGUAGGGCGCUUUAUCAAGAGCUGAUAUCAAAGGGUAUCAAGUGCGGCAUGGUAGAAGUCCCUGAUGAGGGACACACGUUCGCUGGAACGAUGAAGGUCGGUUCACGAACAUGGGAGCUCCAUCGGCAAGGGUUUGACUUUCUUGAGGGUUUGAUCUAG